UCCAGCCAUGGGCAUUUGGUGGACACUUUGCUUUUUAAUUUUCCUGGACAAAAGCUGGGGACAGGAACAAACCUAUGGUAUUUCAACACCCAAAGUCUUCCAUGCUGGAGCACCUGAAAAUGUUGUAAUUCAAGCUCAUGGCUACACCGAAGCAUUUGAUGCGACAAUCUCUAUAAGAAGUUAUCCUGACAAAAAUAGGACCUAUUCUUCAGGUUAUGUUAAUUUAUCUCCAGAAAAUAAAUACCAAAACUCGGCAGUGUUAACAGUUCAGGCCAAACAGUUGGCUGAAGGACCAAGCUCAUAUUCAUAUGUGUAUUUGGAAAUUGUGUCGAAGCAUUUUUCAAAAUCAGAAAAAAUGCCAGUCAUCCAUGACAAUGGCUCUCUCUUCAUCCAUACUGACAAGCCUGUCUACACUCCACAGCAGCCCGUAAAGGUUGGCAUCUAUUCCCUGCAUGAUGAAUUAGAGGCAGUUACAAAGGAAGCUGUCUUAACUUUCGUAGACCCUGAAGGAUCAGAAGUUGGCACACUACAAGGAAACAAUCAUACUGGAAUUGUCUCUUUUCCCGACUUCAAGAUUCCUUCUAACCCGAAGUAUGUAAUAGAAACUGUUUUCUGA